ACUUAAAUUUAGGUUUAGGUAUUAUGUGGGUAUUAUUUUGAAGAAAUGAAGUGCCUGUCAAGCACAUAUAUGAUCCGAACUUUAGCAAUGUCAGUUGCAACACAUAUUAAAUGUCGGGGUGGUACAUACCCCCGGUCUUCGAUACAAAGGCUCUCUGUUCCUGACCAUAAAAUCAGCUGGACAGUGGAAUAUCCAGAAUAUAACCCUCCAUAUUACACAGCUGCCAGUAUACAAGGACAACCAUGGGCAGACCUUGAGAUAGGUGACCCAAAUUUUAAGCCAAAAUGGAACAGUCAGGAUGGCACUGUAAACAGAGAGAGCUAUAUGGGACCUUACAAAGUCGUGAAUGACGUUCCUUUAAAUCCAGUGGGAAGGACCGGUGUCCAGGGCAGAGGCGUUCUCGGGCGAUGGGGACCUAAUCACGCUGCAGACCCUAUUGUCACCAGGUGGAAGAGAAACGAGACUGGUGAUAUCCAGUAUGAUGAGAAUAAUAAGCCGAUUCUUCAAUUUGUAACUAUAAAACGUCGUGACACAGAUGAAUGGGCGCUGCCCGGAGGCAUGGUCGAUCCUGGUGAAAAAGUCGCCGCUACAGCUGUACGGGAAUUCAGGGAAGAAGCCACUAGUUCUCUCACCAUGUCUGAAAAUGAAAAAAAAGCAUGGCAAGAAAAGUUUCAAAAAUUCUUUGAGCGAGGAGAUGAAGUAUACAGAGGCUAUGUUGAUGAUCCGCGCAAUACUGAUAAUGCUUGGAUGGAGACUGUAGCAUACAAUUUCCAUGAUGAAAAUGACUCCGUUGUAGGCACUUUGAAACUGCAUGCGGGUGACGAUGCUGUAGGUGUACAGUGGUUGGAUAUUACACCUAAUUUAAAUCUCUACGCAAGUCAUAAAGAUAUUGUCAAGGAAGUAGUUAAAAGAAAAAUAUUAUAAACCUUAUGUAAACCAUAUGUAAAUGAAAUA